CAGCUCUCACCGGCGGUGUCUGGGCUCCGGGUCCCGACUGUGAGAUCUCCGAGCUGCGCAGGGCCCCGCCCCGGGCUCCAUUGUUGAGGCUGCAGGCGCUCCACGGGCUGCGCUCCUCUCGGCCGUCCAGCGCUCACGAGCCACUGAAUCCUGAGCAAUGGAAGAGUUAAUAGUUGAACUCCGCCUCUUUCUGGAGCUCCUGGACCAUGAGUACCUCACAUCAACUGUCAGAGAGAAAAAAGCGGUGCUUACCAACAUCCUUCUGCGACUGCAGUCAUCCAAGGGCUUUGAAGUGAAAGACCAUGCUCAGAAGGGAGAGGCCAACAACCUGCCAGCACCACCCCAGAUGCCUCUGCCAGAGAUCCCUCAGCCAUGGCUGCCUCCUGACAGUGGGCCUCCGCCUUUACCGACAUCCUCUCUCCCAGAGGGUUACUAUGAGGAAGCCGUGCCACUGAGUCCUGGAAAAGCUCCAGAGUACAUCACCUCAAAUUAUGACUCUGAGGCUAUGAGCAGUUCCUAUGAGUCAUAUGAUGAAGAGGAAGAGGAUGGGAAGGGGAAGAAAACUCGGCAUCAGUGGCCGUCAGAGGAAGCCUCUAUGGACCUGGUGAAAGACGCCAAGAUCUGUGCCUUCCUGCUGCGCAAGAAACGCUUCGGCCAGUGGACCAAGCUGCUCUGUGUCAUCAAAGACACCAAGCUGCUGUGCUAUAAAAGUUCCAAGGACCAGCAGCCUCAGAUGGAGCUGCCGCUGCAGGGCUGCAGCAUCACAUACAUCCCAAGAGACAGCAAGAAGAAGAAACACGAGCUGAAAAUCACCCAGCAAGGCACAGACCCUCUGGUUCUCGCUGUCCAGAGCAAGGAACAGGCUGAGCAGUGGCUGAAGGUAAUCAAAGAGGCCUACAGUGGCUGCAGUGGGCCCGUGGAUCCGGAAUGUUCUCCACCACCCAGCGCCAGUGCCCCUGUGAACAAGGCAGAACUGGAGAAGAAAUUGUCUUCAGAGAGGCCCAGCUCUGAUGGAGAAGGCGUUGUGGAAAAUGGAGUCACCACGUGUAACGGAAAAGAACAAGCAAAGAGGAAGAAACCCUCCAAGUCAGAGGCCAAGGGGACUGUGUCCAAGGUCACUGGGAAGAAAAUUACCAAGAUCAUUGGUCUGGGAAAGAAGAAGCCAUCUACAGAUGAACAGACAUCGUCAGCAGAGGAGGAUGUGCCCACCUGUGGCUAUCUGAAUGUGCUAUCUAACAGCCGCUGGCGGGAGCGCUGGUGCAGAGUAAAGGACAGCAAGCUCAUUCUCCAUAAAGACAGGGCUGACCUGAAGACCCACAUCGUCUCCAUCCCUCUCCGUGGCUGUGAGGUGAUUCCGGGCUUGGAUUCUAAGCACCCAUUGACCUUCCGGCUGCUACGAAACGGACAGGAGGUGGCUGUCCUAGAGGCAUCCUCUUCUGAAGACAUGGGCAGAUGGAUUGGCAUCUUGCUGGCUGAGACGGGGUCCUCCACGGACCCGGGAGCCCUGCACUACGACUACAUAGAUGUGGAGAUGUCAGCAAAUGUCAUUCAGACAGCGAAACAGACCUUCUGCUUUAUGAACAGGCGGGCAGUGUCCACUAGCCCAUAUCUGGGGAGCCUCUCCAAUGGCUAUGCUCAUCCCAGUGGGACAGCACUACACUAUGAUGACGUCCCCUGUGUCAACGGAUCGUGGGACAUGGAUGGCGGCUUUCCAGGCUGUGGGAGCAGAGGCCCCGUGGAAGAGGUGCUUUAUGAUAACGCGGGCCUCUACGAUAACUUGCCAUCGCCGACAAUCUUUGCUCGCUCCUCUCCUGCUGACCGGAGGGCAUCUCGGCCACCUACUGACAGGCUGUCCUCUAACCACUACAAAUCCCCCACCUCCUGCAGCCCACCCUGCUCCCCAUCUGUCACUAACACCUCUUCUGUGGGGAGGGCGUCUCUCGGGCUGCACUCCCAGUUGAAGAGCAAAAAACCUCCAGCAUCAUCUAAUGGGCUUCCUGUAAAAGGAAAGGCUCCGAGCAGCCAGCAAAAAAAGGUGGAAUCUGCAGGUGGUGUGAAACGGACAGCAUCAAAUGCUGAGCAGUACAAAUACGGUAAGAACCGGGUAGAAGCAGAUGCCAAGCGGUUACAGUCCAAAGAGGAAGAACUGCUGAAGAGGAAAGAGGCCCUGCGGAACAGGCUGGCACAGCUCCGGAAAGAAAGGAAGGACCUGAGGGCUGCCAUCGAAGUGAAUGCAGGCAGGAAGACCCAGGCGGCCCUGGAGGACAAGUUGAAGAGGCUGGAGGAAGAGUGCAAGCAGAGGGAGGCAGAGCGGGUCAGCCUGGAGCUGGAGCUGACUGAGGUCAAGGAGAGCCUCAAGAAAGCCUUGGCAGGUGGCGUCACCCUAGGACUGGCUAUCGAGCCCAGGUCAGGGACAUCCAGUCCACAGUCUCCUGUGUUUCGGCAUCGGACCCUAGAAAAUUCUCCCAUCUCCAGCUGUGAUACCAGUGACGCUGAGGGGCCUCUGCCUGUGAACAGUGCCGCCGUCCUGAAGAAGAGCCAGCCGUCCUCAGGCAGCUCCCCUUGCCGUGGGCACGUGUUGCAGAAGGCCAAGGAGUGGGAGCUGAAGAAUGGGACAUAGAAAGAGCCCAGCCUCGCCCAGAGACUGUGUACUGCCACCAGCCUCGUGUGUGACACGUGCGCCUCCCAACGUGGCCUGAGCAUGACUGCAGAAGUUUGAACGAGUCUGAUGCUGACCCUUGGCUGGCUUGCGUGCACGCUUUCUACUGUAUGAUGGUGCCCUUUAGGAAAGUUUACUUUAAAACUUUGGCGUCCAAAUUUACAUGUUUAAGAAGCAGAAACAAAAGGGGCUGACAAGCUGUUUUGAAGCACCCUCUAGCAGAUGGGGCACUUCUGAGGACCUCGGCUCAGCCCCAGAGCCUGCAGCCCAUGCACCGUGUGCCCCUGUGAGACGGGGUGUCCGAGCCUUCUCCAUGUGCGGUGAGAGCCACGUGCCUCACCCUGUUUGCCAGAGGGUCCUCCUCUGCAGCAGCAGUAUGAGCUCCUAAGUCUCUGCACAGUCCCUCCCUCUCCCCGCCUGACCCUUGUCACUGGAGGUGAAGCCAUGAGGAAUAGCGCUGUGAAGCGACUCUAAGAUUCAGUUUUGGUUUUGGACAAACCUUUUGUCACCAGGAUAGAGAAGUUGUCAUUUUUUUUUUACCAGUGUUUUUCAUGUUUGCUUUUAAAGUAAAUGCCCCCUCCCUUCCCCGCUUUUCAUCAUGUGCUAUGCUUGGACAUUAGGGACUUUUCCGAGACCCGGUUCCUUCCCAGUUUAUGAGAGGCAGCACAGCUUUCAGUCCUUGGCUAGCAUGUGUCCCCCUUUUCUCCUGGCAUGAGACUGCAGCUUCCCAGGCUUCCAGGCAGGAACUCCUCAGCCCAGGAAGCGCACUGAGCACCAUCUAUCUGCCUGUGGAUUUAACAGAGCAGGUUCUAGAACCUGUAGUUAAACCUGGACCGUCUUUGAAGAGAGACGAUCCUUCCAGAGCAUCUUCCUCCAGUUUACAGUGGAAGCUGUGUAUCACAGGUGCACGCCUGGGCCUCGGUUUGGAUUGUGUGGUCCCUCCCAGUCUCCUGCUUGCCUCUGUGCACUUUGUAGUAUAGUUCAGCUGCACAGGAUGACAGCUCAUGGGGGCUAGCCUCUAUCCUAGGGGUUUGAAAGUCAAAUUGGCCUUUUGGGCUUCCAGGAUACAGUUCAAACCUUUCCACCAUGGGGAGAUGCGGGCAGUGACCUGGAAGUUUGGCAUCUCUGCAGACUUGUGCAGGGGCCAGUUAAACACCGGUGAGAACCCGGUGAUUCCUUCCCGUCACAGCCCAGAAUGUCCUUUGCACACACAGGGGGAAAGUCUCCCUGGCUCUCGGUAGAGGUGCCUUUAGGGUCUUCUCUGGGUAGCCUUCAUGGCCAGGAUUGGUGCUCUGUGCUUGAGCCCUGCAGCCGCUGCCUUGGAGUCACCAAAGAGCAGCACAGUGGUCAUCAGGGUACGGGGGACAUGACGGUGUAAGCCCAGUGUAAGACACUUGCCAGCUGUCUAAUGGUGCUUCGCUCUAGUGCCUUCCUCCAAAGGGCAGUUAGGGUUCCUCACACCAGCAUCUGUGGGCUAGUUUCUGCCAGGACACUGUGUAGAAGGACCUGGAGGAGGGAUGCAGCCUCCGCACACACCAGCCUGUUCAUGGAGCUGCAACUGGGGGAGCCUCUUGGGUCAUCACAGGGAGCGGAGACCAUUCCAUGCUCUGACAGGGAAGAGGAUUUAAUGUGACAUAGACGUCUGCUGCCUCGGGUCUCAGAGCAGUGCUUAUGGCCACUGAUAGUAGCCCUGCUUUGCCAGGAAAGCUGUUCCAGGCUUUCAUUGUUACCAAAACAAGGAGAAAAUGCUCAAUUUAACAGCCAGUCCUUGCCAGCAUAGAGGGAUAGUGAAGUAUCAUGUCCAGCAAAUAGCCUCAGAUGAGUUGUCCUGAUGAAGACACAGCAGGCUCCAGGCUCCGGUGUUUAUAAUUCGUGCAGAGAAACCCAGGCUUGCAGUCCAUUCAACUGUGGUGGAUCCUGCAAGUUCCUCAGAGCCGUAUAAAGUAGGUCCCGGGGAAGGUAAGGCUCCCAGCACAGGGCUCUACUGUCCUGUACUCCCAUUAAUGUCCUUAGAUUUGGUCAGAAAGCUAGUUUAAAGCAUUUGUUUCAAAAUAAGUUAUUUAUUUGUAUAUGUUCAAUGAAUAGAGUUUUAAUUUAUAUUUGUACAUAUCAGACACCCAUGAUCCUGACAGGAUUCUCAGUGUUCUCAUUCUGUGACCCUCCCAAAGCCACCAGCGUGAUCCCAGCCAUCAAUUGGCACAGGUUUGCUUUGUGUGGAGCCAGGUAGGCAGAGGGCUGAACCCUUUCCGUGAGCAAUCAGGUCCUCUGGACCUUAGGAGAUGCUCCACCCUUUGGGGCCUCUCUUCGUCUGAGGCCACAGUGUUUCUCAGGUCCACUUUUGUUACAAUUGGGCAAGAUGUCAUCAGCUUUCACAAACCCCCGACUUUUAUGUCUGUUUACUUAACGAAUCACUUGCAUACAAAUUAUCAUGCUGGCCUGGGAACUUGCUAUGGCUGGCUUGGGCAUGGGGGUGGGACCCUCAGUGUCAUACAAUCUUAUGUGCCAGUGUUCUUACAAGGGUGAUCAUGGGACAAACAGGUUAUCGCAGGUGCCAGAAUAACCUGUCAGGACUCACUCACUUCACACCAGAAUCUUCCCGAGUGCUUGUUGCUCCCCUGCCUCGUGUUUCAGUGUGCUGCCUCUUCCUUGUGCAUGCCUUGGACCUGCCUCACCCGCCUGUCCACCUCAUCUCUCCACUGCCCCAGUUUCCCUUUGGCUGUCUCUGUGUCAGCAUGCCCACACUGAUGGGACUUUUAGAAAAUCUGCUUUGGAAAGCAAUGUCUCAGGCCCUGAGGCCAUCGAGGAAGGCGUCCGCAGUCCUCCAGGUAGGAUCCACAUGCAGGCAGCAGCAGGGGUGUCCCUGGCCUCUCCUCCCAAAGGCAAGGGACCAGCCUCCUCUGUCCUCCUCUGUCAUUGCCCUCUGCCCCGUGCUCUGGAGAUACUUGAGCCAAGUCGAGUCAUUUACACCCACCCUCACCAGCACACAGGACACCUUCAAGGUCUGAUCUAUGGGUGUGGCCACAUCAAAAUGAGUGAUCUUUCUCUCUGUCUUUUUUUUUUUUCCUAAAGUAAUUUUGAAUCAGAAACAUUUCAAAUCCAUGACAUAGUUUUUAUAGAAGCAACUGAAUGUCUGGGUCUUGUUCCCACUGACUUACUACUAAUCAUACCAGAGAGCUGGGUUUCUACUGUGAAAUAAACUGAAAAUAACCCCACUGUGCCAUCCACACACAGCCCAGCCCCAGGGAGAGGCAGAAGCAGCUUGCCCAUGUCCCUGGCAGGGGAAGCCCACCCCUCCAUUUUGAGGAACAUUCUUUGCCAGUAGAUGUGGACACACCACUGUGGUCUUUGGAAACCUGGGCUUCCCACAUGCUGGACUGGAUUAUCCUUUCAAAGCGGUGUCUUUAGUUUAUAAUUCUUAGGGACCAAAGGUGUUUUUAAUAUGAUAAUGUUUUAAUUGAUUUUUUUUAACAAGGGUUUACUCUACAUUUUAACACCAGUUUUUUUUUUCCACAUUCUAGAUAUUCCAAAAUCAAUUGCUCGUGGCUCUAAGUUUGUAAAGUGUUUUCACGUUAUGAAUGUAAUUAUUUCCUUAAUGUAUUUUUUAAAAAAGCUAAAAUCAUAUUUAAGAUAAUCUUGGAAAGACACAGGCAAAGGAAAGAGGUUUUUUUUUUUUUUAAUUAACUAUGUUGGUAGCCCAUUUGAAAUGACUGUAAAUCUAUUUUGAUUGUGUAGCUCAAUGUAUUUAAUUCAGAAGGCAAAGAUUUUUUUAUGUAAAGAGACUUGCAAUGAGAAAUCCUAGUUUUCAGUCCACGUCCCCAUCCCAUAGUCACUUCACCUGACUUUUCUGCUCUACAAACUGACUUUUUCUACUGUUGUAACCGUGUACCCAUCGACUGGCGCCCAUUGGCGGAACUUGUAUGUGUAUUAAUAAAGCUGUGCUGUGUGGCCCAGCCUCAUGUCCUCCUGACAGUGGCUCAUGGUGCAGAAGAAGAUGUC